AUGCUUGCAAAAUGGGACAGAAAAGAAGGAUACCCAAUUGAGUGGGUUACAACAGAUACUCUUGAGUUGUUUGAGGGUGCAAUGGCAGAACGCCUUGUUCGCAAUGAAGUAAAAAGGAAAACGGUUAAAAAGGCUAAGAAAGAUGAAGAUGAUGUUGACAAUGUUGACGACCAUGCUGAUAAGGAUGAUGAUGAGUUUGAUGAUGAUGAUGGUUUUGAUUAUGAUGAUCAUUAUGAUUAUGCUGGGCUCCACCCUAAUGUGCAAAACGCCAUGCACAUCAAUGAUGAAAAUGAGAAUGAGAAUGAAGAUAAUGAGGAUGAAGAGGCUUCACUUCAAAGGAUGGUGAAUGUGGAUAGAGAAAGCCGGGAAAUGAUGUUUGAAGUUUCUGCAUCAGGGAACCAUGCUCUUGUCAGAGGAACUGAAUACCCAAAUAGCCUCCUGGUACACAUUAAAUUAGAGACCAUCUCAAAGUUUGUUGAUGAAAACGCCAAGGAAGUGCCAGCUGAAAGAGAACAAGGUAAAUAUGAAACUGAGGUUGAAAAUGAGGUGGUAUUAGGAGGUGAAAAUGAAGAAGAAGGGGAGAAGGAGAUGGCUGGAAUAGAAAACGCCAUUGAAAUGGAAACAGUUGAUGAAAACGCCAAUGAAGUUGAAAAUGAAGGAGAAGGAGAAGGAGGAGGUGAAAAUGAAGAAGAAGGGGAGAAGGAGAUGCUUGGAAUAGAAAACGCCAUUGAAGUGGAAACAGUUGAUGAAAACGCCAAUUAA